AUGCCAACAGGCCCUGUGGUCCGGUUCAUGAUGGACGAGUUGCAGAAGAGCAAGUGCCCGUUCCGGGACGACCUGUUUACCUGCAUGCCCUGCGAUGCGACACGAGCCGGAGGGUUCUCGCCCGAGAUUGGGGUGGUGUUGUGCCAGAACCAGAUGCAAUCCAAGCAGCACAUGGAGGAUACCAUGACCCACGAGUUGAUGCACGCCUACGACCACUGCACCGUCAAGGUCAACUGGAGCAACCCCGAGCAAUACGCAUGCGCCGAAAUCCGAGCCAUCACCCUCAGCGGCGAGUGCAAGUUCACGCGGGAGUUGCGGAGAGGCAACUUUGGGUUCGGAAAGCAUCUGCAGACAUGCGUCAGACGCAGGGCCAUCUAUGCCAUGAAGCAAGUACCGGAGUUCCAGGAAGGGACGGUUGCGGAGGACGCUGUACGAUACGUCUGGUCAAGCUGUUUCAGCGAUACCGCACCGUUCGACGAGAUCUACUAG